GGGCAAGGUGCGCUUGCACUUUCGAUCGUGAUUUGCCAACAUCACUACCAACACCAUGACCGACCAAGCACCAACGAACUCGUCUAGCGAUGGUGGGCAGGGUAGUUCAGACCAAUCAGGGGCAGCGGGAGGACCGAGUACAGCAACGUCACAGCAAAUACAAGAAAUGAUGCAGUCAUUCUGGCAGCAACAAAUUGCGGAUAUUGAACACGGCCCGUUGGAUUUCAAGUUCCACCAACUCCCUUUAGCUAGAGUAAAGAAGGUCAUGAAGGCGGAUGAAGAUGCAAAGACUAUGAUGAUUAGUGCGGAAGCCCCAAUGAUAUUUUCUAAAGCAUGCGAGAUAUUCAUACUUGAACUCACGAUGCGGUCAUGGAUUCAUACGGAGGAACACAAACGACGAACAUUACAAAAAAGCGAUGUGGCAACGGCAAUCAGCAAGGCGGAUAUGUAUGAUUUUCUGAUCGACAUAGUACCACGCGAUGAGAUCAAUAAGCCUGUCAUGAAGGAUCUUCCGGCCACGUAUGCAUAUUAUCAGAAUCCCACACAAUACCUUGCGAGUCUUCCUCCAGAACAGCAGCAAGCGUUGCUCGCAUAUCAGCUCGCGAAUCCACAGGGUAAUCAGGUGGGCCUGCAGAUGAUCCGACAACAACAAGGCGGAGAUGAGGAGUCUUCACAAGCCCAAGCCCACCACGAAGAGGAUGUCCAGCAUGCGCAACAUCAAAGCCAAUCAUCACAAGAACAGCAACAGCAACAUCACGCACAAACAGAGGCUUCGACCGCAGAACAUCAAUAUUAUCUUCAACAGCUGCAAAACCAAAUGCAAGCCUUGCAACAAGCACACCAAGCUCAGCAGGCCCAACAGGCUCAACAAUCGCAUAGUGACCACCAACAGCAACAGCAAAAUCAAGCGUCACAGCAACAACAACAUCAGAUCCAGCCCCAGGGGUAAAAAGUCAAUCAUAAAAAAUGAUUUGAUAAAGAAUGGUUACUUCACAUUGUACAAAUGCCGAGUCGAAGGGUUUCCUGUAGUACGGAAGAAUGCGUAUAUGGUGUUCAUGCUGAUUCAAGUGCAGUCGUUGUUCGGGUGACCUUGUGUGUGUUGGGCGUUUGCACUGUAGCGUCUCCGUAUAAUUUAAUAUUUUGAUUAUCCUUGCUUACCUUUGGGAUUGGUGGAGGCAUAUGGGCCAAUAAACGGUUUGGUUUCCCU